ACAUAACAUUUCCUAAACUUAAUCCGUAAGCAUUUGAGAAGAAGAAAUGUCAAAAAGUGACACGACAACACGCCAAUACCGACAUGUUUCCACACACACACACACACACGACCACCGCAUCCAGAACAUGAAACUAUUAGUAUUAACUAACCAUCUUCAAAGUACAAAUACUCAAAAUCAUUCAUCUCUAGUCACUUGAAGAAUCAAAUCAAAACAACCAAAAAUGGAUCUCCGUGAAUCGAUAACCAACCAAACCAACGUUUCACUCUCCAUCGCCAACCAUAUAUUCUCCAAACAAUCUCAUCAAGACAAGAACAUCGUCUUAUCUCCACUGUCCCUCCAAGUUGUUCUCAGCAUCAUCGCUGCUGGUUCUGAGGGUCCCACACAACAACAGCUUCUCGAAUUUCUCCAAUCCAAAUCCACCGAUCAUCUUGACUCCUUCGCUUCUCAGCUCGUUUCCGUCGUCCUCUCCGACGCUGCCCCUGCCGGUGGACCUCUCCUCUCUUUCGCCGAUGGUGUCUGGGUUGAACAAACCCUUUCUCUUCUACCUUCCUUCAAACAAAUCGUAUCCACUGAUUAUAAGGCCAAUUUGUCUUCGGUUGAUUUCAUAACCAGGGCCGUUGAAGUGACUAAAGAAGUGAAUCUAUGGGCUGAAAAAGAGACAAAUGGACUUAUUAAAGAAAUUCUUCCUCCAGACUCCGUCAACAGCCAAACCAAGCUCGUCUUUACUAAUGCUCUGUACUUUAAAGGAGAAUGGAAUGAGAAGUUUGAUGCUUCGAAAACAGAAGACUAUGAUUUUCAUCUUUUGAAUGGUAGUUCGAUUAAGGUUCCGUUCAUGACUAGCAAGAAGAAACAGUUUAUUAGAGCUUUUGAUGGUUUUAAAGUUCUUGGUCUUCCUUAUAAGCAAGGCGGAGAUAAACGUCAAUUUUCUAUGUACAUUUUUCUUCCAGAUGAAAAAGAUGGGCUAUCAACUUUGGUUGAGAAGGUGUCUUCUGAAUCCGAGUUACUAGGACACAAGCUUCCUCUUAAUAAAGUAGAAGUAGGUGACUUCCAGAUUCCAAAAUUCAAGAUUUCGUUUGGGCUUGAAACUUCUGAUAUUCUGAAGGAGCUAGGAGUGGCUUUACCUUUUUCUGGUGGAGGUUUGACAAAAAUGGUGGACUCUACUAUGGGUCAAAGCCUUUAUGUUUCUGACAUAUUUCACAAAUCUUUCAUUGAAGUAAAUGAAGAAGGCACUGAAGCUGCUGCGGCCACUGCUGCAACUGUACUAUUAAGAGGACUUCCAACUCGACUAGAUUUUGUAGCUGACCACCCUUUCUUAUUUAUAAUUAGAGAAGAUUUGACCGGAACAAUCAUCUUUGUUGGACAGGUGUUGAAUCCUCUUGUUGAGUGAUCUUAGCAACACGUUCUAGAUUGGAUUGCUAAUAGAUAAAUAGGGAUCAUGUUUUCUAAUAGAAAUACAUGUAUGGUGAGAAUAGUACUACGUUGUUGUGUGACUGGCAUGUAUUAAGGGAUAAUUGUAGAAGAGUUUAUUUGAAUAAAUUUUAUAACAACUAAGUACUUCUGUUAA